GCGGAAGGUGGACGCAGUGUGGAACGGCUAGCGGAACAACAUCGGGGAGGUCUCGCUUCUCGUACAACAACGCAGAUGAAAGAGUCUACUAGUACUGCUGAAAGAGAAAGAGCAGAACAGCAAAGUACUUCUAGGGCGAAGCAGACAGGCAGAACAACUUCUAUUUCCGCGAGCAGCAGCAGGGAAACUCAAACCAUUCUUCUUUCCGUGGUCCGAUAUGUGUCGUCCGAAAGCGAAGCGGGGGCUGCGCGAAUCAGGGAAACGACAAGCACAAGAACAACUUCUACACAGGACUACAAGCAGAAAAACUCCACUCAAGAUACUCAGAGCAAGAGCUCCUCGUUCGCCUCCGAGUCCUCUGUUUCUCCCAGCGAUUUCUUUCUCUACGAUUCCGAAGAUUCCACCGGCGACCAGGAGAAUCUGGAAAUCAAGUUGCACGCGAGAGUCGAAGCCGCGGAGCGACACAGACGGCAGUUCCAAAAAAGUGUGGAAGGCUGGGUGUUCAAGCAGGUGAAAAAGCUAUGAAAUGUAAAAAUGUCUGGGUCUGGAAGAGUGCAACUUGUCAUGCUAAAUCUGAAGCAUGCAAAAAUCUCUGUUGCAUGACUACCAAAAGUCGCGCAGUUUUGACCAAGUCGUAGGGGAGCUUCUCAUGCAGGAUAGGCAUGAGAGAGAUCGCGCAGAAUCUGUCAUCCCAGGUCCUGCAUUCCAGACCUCACGGGUCAUGGAAAAGCUGCGUGACAAAUCUCGCAAUCUUCCAGACCCAGACAUAUUUGCAAUCCAUAAAAGCUGAAAACGAACAAGAUCGACGCGAAGACCGGGGAGGGCCUAGUGGAAAGAGAAGCAUUGGAGAAGUGGAUCCGCGCAGGAAACUACUUUGGCUUGGGGUUUGACAGUGUGGAAGAGGGGGAAGAUUUGCUGACCAAAAUGAAGUUGGACGACGAGCACUUAAGUAGUACCUUGAAUCAAAUCGAAGUUGUACUAGACAAGGACAGCGCGACGUCGAGUAGUGGCACAAGUAUCGCGCAGAUGGAACAAGCCUCGCAAAUCAACUCUGUAGAGAUAGAGAUGGAGGAUCUGCGCAGCACUAUCGAAGCAAAUCGCCAAAGUCUCUCCUCGACGAGAAACCCGUUUGCAGUUUCAUCUAGCCGCGUGUCGACUGCACAGCAAGAUAUUGGAGGAGGAAGUCGUGUGGAGUCCUUUUUUUCAAGUCUACCACAAGUGUAUUUGCCAGCAGGAGAUGAGCGAGGCCAGUUCUCUACAUCCCACACUGCCUCCCGGAUCGUGACAGACGAGUCGAUUGCCACGGGGGCUGCUGGUGGUGGUGGACAAGGAGAAGAUGAUCCUAGUAGUAGUGGUGGAACAAUACAGAAAAAGAUCAACACGAAGACCUCCCUCCUCUCCCAAGAGGUGCGCAAGUUCCUGCGAGGAGAACAACAAGGAGCGAAGAUGAUAUCAAAAGGCUGCAGCGCUGGUGGCGCUACUUCUGAUGAAGCCACGCCUGAUCCUCCUCUUCCCAGCAUGAUCGACACGACUUGCCCGAGUAGAGACAUCCUCGGUUUGGCGGCUUCGUGCGGCUCAGCUGGAGGAUCGGUUCCAGUCCCCAACAAUUACGACGCUGAAGGGCCCCAACCCCAUGAUGAGCAUCAACGUGCAAUGGCUCCGUGUGUACUUUCUAUCGGAACAAGUAGUGAAGGCACAACACCGGAUCAGAAGAUGGAGACACGACCAGUGCUCCAUCGGGGUACAACUGGAACAGCUACAUACAGCGCAACGCGCGCUCUCUCUCGCAGAUCGGGCGCAGUAGACAAUGCGACGUCACCGAAGUCGGCAACGUCUCCGGCCUCGGUGGAGGAAGAAGGAGAAGAAGAUGAAGAUCAGGACCCGUACGACGACGCGCAAAAACAGAACAACAUCGAGAACACCACGGCUGCUGCUCCUGCGCAAGUUCGUAGUUCUCCCUCUGACGUCGCCGCGCCCCUGCGGUCAAUAUCGUUUCUGCCGCAAGGACGACUUCUCUCUCAACAAAAAGAUUUUUUCUACGUGGACACGGAAGUAGAUGAAACAAAAGCGUUCGUGGAAAAGUUGCCGGAAG